AGCGCACUGGAAGUUUGGCAAGGCGGUGCUGCAAUUCCUACAGAUGUUGCAAUGUCCCACCCCCACUUGUUGCUCCUGGGAAGCUGUGGGAAACUCCCUGGCUGAGCGCCUCCCCUUCCACCCAUCACAUGCUUCUGGCAAUUAGCUAUAUUAGAAGAUUUCAUGCGCAUCAGCUGUGCUGUGUGACUCUUCCGGGGCCAAGAGGAAGAAUCAUAAGGAGCAGGUGUGUUUGACUUUUGCCAUGGCUACUGAUGUCAAAGGAGAUGGCCAAGAGGCUCCACACACAGCGAAUGUCGUGACCAGAGUGACCAGCCUCCCCCUAGUCAGCUCCACCUAUGACAUUUGCCACUCUCUGUAUAACUACGCCAAGGAGAAUUACCCGUUCAUCAAUUCUGCCUGCAGCGUGGCGGAGACGGUGGCGGCGAUGGCCGUCGGGAGUGCCGUCGGGGGCGCCCAGCCACUUCUCGGCCACCUCGAGCCCCAAAUUGCUGCUGUCAAUCAAUACGCUUGCAAAGGGCUGGACCAGCUGGAAGAGACUCUCCCUAUUCUUCACCAGCCAGCUCAUCAGGUGAUUGAAGACGGUGUCACCAUAACCAAAACGGUCAUCUGUUCCACGGUCAAUGUAGCCAAGGAUGCAGCUUCCGGCGCCAAGCAACUCUGGUCGAACAGAGUAUCUGAAGCUGUCGAUCUCACCAAGGACAUUGUCCAGGAUAGUGUCAACUUGACCAAAUCAGUGGUGAGCUCCACCGUCAACACCGCAGUGAACGCCGCAAAUGAGGCGAAGGAGCUUGUCACUCAUAGGGUGGCCGACGUUGUCAACCUGGGCAAGGAGACAGCCCAGGACAGCGUGGAGUUGACCAAGUCGGUGGUCAAUACCGCCCUCCAAGCUGCCCAAGAGACGAGGGAGCUUGUGGCUGGCCAAGUCAAGACCUGCGGGCCUGUCCAGGAAGGCAUUGAGAUGACCAGCCUCUUGAAGCAGGCGCUGAGCAGCGGUGUGAACGUCAUGUUGGGGAAGACAGAGGAUAUGGUGGACUACUACCUGCCCAUGACUGACGAGGAGCUGGCCAAGCUGGCCACAGAGGUCAAAGGUUUCGGAGAGGCCUUGGAAGAGCAGAGGAAGCAGCAGAGUUACUUUGUCCGCCUGGGGUCGCUGUCGAGCAAAGUCCGCCGUCGCGCUUACCUGCAUUCCCUGGACAAGGUGCGUCUCAUCAGGGAGAACACUCAGGAUACGCUUUCGCAACUCCAGCUGGUGAUCAACCUGGUUGAAGCCGCGCAACAAGGCAUUGGGAAGAGGCUCCAAGAGGCUCAGGAGAAGCUGAGCCAGGUCUUGCUCGAGUGGACCCAGGCACAGCCGGAGGAGAGGCAGGCCGCAGCCGGAGGCCCAAGGCCAGAGGUUGAAUCAGGCACCCUGGCUAUGCUUCGCUUUGUCACCCAGGACCUCGGGCCGGUCUACGCUCACUUGGCAUCCACCAUCGAAGGCCUGCCCAGCAACCUCCGCAAGAGGGUGGCCCAAGCCCGCGGCAACGUCCGCCAGCUUCACUCCUCUUUCACCUCGGUCUCAUCCUUCCAGGACUUGUCCUCCAGCCUCCUGGCCCAGAGCCGGGACAAAAUCGCCCAGGCGCAGGAGGCCCUGGAGACGCUGGUGGAUCACAUCGUCCAAAAUACGCCCUUGAACUGGGUCGUGGGGCCUUUCCGGCCGUCGGCAGGCGCCGAGAUGGAGACGGAGAGCCCGGAGAUGGAAAGUUUGGCCCCGGAGGAGCCCAUGGAUGAGGGCGAGGCCCCAGAGGAGAGGGCGACGGUAUCCAAACCGGCGAAGGUCGCAGUCAAAUCAGCAAAGAAAAAGGCAGAAAGCGAGGGGGAAGGAAGUCUGGUGUCUGGCGUGGCCAGGAAAGCAAAGAAAGAGAUGAACGAGGAAGAGGAGAUGAAGAAGAAGCCUAGCAAGAGCACUCUGAAUCAGCUCUCCGGUGCUGCUGAGAAGCAGGCAUAAGAGCCGGGGGCUAUUCCAGCACCCACCCCCAAAACCAAUGGUUCAGCCAUUGCCAUUUUGCACCCACGCAUAAACACACUGCAAGAAGCCAAUCCGUUAAAGGGAAUCAAAAGCAGGGAGCCAGAAGGACCGGUUUGGAGGGGAGGGUGUCCUCUGCGCCUCUGCAUGAGUUCAUGCUCCAGAUGUAGAUACGCCGGGACAGCCUCCUCUCAAAGCGUGGGUCAUUUCACUUCUAGGGUGCAAAGGCUGAAACGUGCCUGUUUUUCAUUUGGUGGUGGUUGGGGGGAAUGCGCCAGUUAUCGGGGGCUUGUGUUAAGUGAGAGCAAGCUGAAUCUUGCACGGAUCGGGCUGGCUGAUUUAUGUGCUACGACGGGGAAUCCUGGGACCUGCUGGAUGGAUGGCUUCCGUCGUCCUUGAUGGGAGCUGAAGUCUCAAAACGCUCAUCCUCACCAAUUCUCUAUAGAUAGCUGCAUAUGUGGGUCAGUGUUUAGACACCCAUCCAUCAUUGUGGCACACAGGCAGGGGGUUUAAAAUCUCAGGUUCCGUUCAAAACAGAGUGGGUAGUCCUCAUUGUUGCAGAGAUGAGCUUGGAAGAGAAGCAACAGAGGAGGGUUGAGGAAUGAAGGUAGACGUUUACAAGGCUUUGUGAACAUGGUGGGUUUCAAAGGUGGCGUUCGGUGUGUGUCUUAAGUUGUACUUCCAUUACUUUGUGCAGCCGUUUUGUGUAGCUCUUGCCUGCCUGACCCUCUGGGGGG